ACCCGACUCUCAGAUGAGUUGAAACUCGGAAAUAAUAUCGUAUGUUUUUGCCAUUGAUUUUUUCUGCAAAUAGUCGCAUCCAAGCCUUCAUAAUGCCAUCAACGUUCAACUCAUAACCCGACUGUUCGUCUCUGUUCAGCACACAAGCCCUGCACCGCCACCGCCAACCGAGCCAUUGGAGAUGGAGGGGUUCGUCUCAGUACUUCCUCCACUUCUUGCCAUAUCGCUGGUACUUUCAGCUGGGAGCUCUCUAGACAUUAUUCUGCUCGCCAUCCUUGAAAUCUACAAGCAUUGGCAGUUUAUUAUCGAAUUCGUCCAAGCAAACAUAAACCCGGUCAUCGUCAUCGAUAUCUCAAAGUAUGUAGUUGCGGUCUUCACCACUCUCCAAAUUGCACGCUUCGCUAUUGCACUCUCCCGCUCUGAGUUUUGCAGCGAUGAGUUUCCAGUGAAGCCCAUGCUAUUUCCUUGCCAGACAAGUCAUGUACGAAUGUUUCCCAAGAAGCAUGGCUUUUCGUAUUCAUACUUGCUGGUCGGUAUCCCAGUCGGCUGGAAAGGAAAUUCUAGAGGCAUGAUCUCAGCAGAGGAGGAAGACAGUCGUCCAUGGUACAUUAGAUGGCUUUCGAUGAAGCCGAGCCUGGGGUGGUGGACAGUCAAUAGCGACGACUACCUAGCCCGAGGUCAUGUGCAUGAUGGGUUAACAGGAAAACUUCGAGGGUAUCUGGAGAGCCAGGGUGUUGAUCACAAGAAGUACGCAUUUGCAUACUUGCUCACUGCAGCAAAAUUCCUUGGCUAUGCUUCAAAUCCUGUCUCUGUCUGGCAUUUGUACUCAGCAAAGAGAGAACUGCAGGCUUUGGUGCUAGAAGUCAACAACACUUCUGAUGAACGUCACACUUAUUUCCUCGAACCUUCUUCGGCGAAACUGGUCUCAAGAGGUGCAGAUAUUCCUGAUUCUAUACGGUAUUCGGGAAGCUUGAAUAAAGAUUUCUACGUCUCGACCUUCAAUGACCGAGCUGGAAAAUAUUCUGUCGCUGCAUACGACCCGCUAUUUCCGUUCAUGAGUGGAGCUGGACCUGUGAAUACUACCAUCACCCUGAGUUCUGCAAAUUCACGUGCCAUGCUCAUUGCCAGAGUUUAUUCGGCAGGCCAAGCUCUUGAUCCAUCAUCCAUGUCCGUCUGGGCAAAGACAAAAUUCUUGGCCUCUUGGUGGUGGGUUGGAUAUCUGACGUUCUUUCCGAGAACUGUGUAUGAAGCGUUCAGGCUCCUUUUUCGAAGAGGUGUGCCUUGGGUGUCUCGACCUGAACCGAGAAAGAAUACCCUUUCACGCCAUGCAGAUCCCACAGAAAUUCACAUUGAGAAGCAUUUUUGGGAAUAUCUGGAAGAUAGAGUCAUGAGUUCUGAAAAUGAUAUCACAUUACAAUAUAUUUCAGCAGGACUCCUUGGUCCUUCAUCAGAAGGGCGUACAGCACGUUCUCACACAUCUGGAGAACGUACACUCGAAAUUCGGGUCCUGACCCCCAUUUUCUAUUCUCGCAUCGUCCAAUAUGCAGAUAUAUAUGCGGGACUUCUCCAGGAAAUUCAAAGCAAGACCAUCACAAUUUCAGAUCUGACCCUACUCAAGCUUCUCAGCUUCGAGUACUCACCAAUACUGAAUCCGAAGAUCUCACGAGCCGGGAUUUGUUUUGCCCUCAUCAAGAAGAUGCGUUCAGAAGUUCCACCAAUUCCUCUGCUGGAAAAGCCAGAUCCUGGAUCAGAAGUUUUUCAAAUACCUUCGCAUUCUGUUCACGGCCUCUCUGCUCUCGACCAUUACGUUUCCGCCACCGCUUCACCUUCUGAAGUGUAUAACUAUGUGAGAGGAGUGCUGAAGCUGUUAUUUGCGGAGCGGAUUGCUCAUGGUUGGAUGGAGAUCUUGAAUUUUGAGAUAUUCAUCGUGAGGCUGAUGGCUAUUUGGGCGGUUGUGAAGUUUGUGCUACCCUGAUUGUGUACAUCUGUACUGGAGUCGAGCAUCCUUGGCUGGAGCCUCCGAAUGUCGAAUUGUUGGGAAUUGUAUUUGGAGCAUUAAGCGUUGCUUGGGAUAGAACGGCGAGCGUAGAGAAAUAGACUUUAUCUUAGAAUGAAAGCUUGCUCUCACC